AUCUCUCUCUCUCUCUCUCUCUUUGUUUUGUUUCUUGCCGUUUUGGCGGCGGGGGAGAGGAUGGGGAGGGGCAGGCUUCAGCUGAAGAGGAUAGAGAACAAGAUCAACCGGCAGGUCACCUUCUCCAAGAGGAGGACCGGUCUGCUCAAGAAGGCCCAUGAGAUCUCCGUCCUCUGCGACGCCGAGGUCGCCCUCGUCGUCUUCUCCACCAAGGGCAAGCUCUUCGAGUACUCCUCCGAUUCCUGCAUGGAGAGAAUUCUCGAACGCUAUGAAAGAUACUCGCACGCGGAGCGCCAAGUUCUUGCAAGUGAGACGGAAUCGAUAGGUAGCUGGACUUUGCAGCAUGCUAAGCUCAAGGCCAGACUUGAAGUUUUACAGAGAAAUCAUAGGCAUUUCAUGGGAGAAGAUCUUGAUUCUUUGAGCCUCAAAGACCUGCAAAAUUUGGAGCAGCAACUUGAUUCUGCUCUUAAACACAUAAGAUCGAGAAAGAAUCAGCUCAUGCAUGAAUCAAUCUCAGUGCUUCAGAAAAAGGAUAGGGCAUUGCAGGAGCAAAACAACCUGCUUACAAAGAAAGUAAAGGAGAAGGAGAAGGCCCUAGCCCUGCAAGCUCAGUGGGAGCAGCAAGACCAUGCACUUGACUCACCUGUUAUUCGACCCCUCAACUUGCCAUCUCUGGACAUCAAUGGUGGCACUUAUCAAGCGAGACACAACAGGCACGACGACAGAGAAAACCUGACUCAGCCGCGGGCCGGUACACUUCUUCCUCCAUGGAUGCUCCGCCAUCUAAGUUAAGGCUUUAACAUAAAGGGAAAGUUCUGCUGCCAUAUCAUAUGGGACUCUCACCCCUUGCUCUAGGGGAAAUAAACUUAGAUCUGCAUUUUGCAGCAUUCUGUAUUCCUCAGUGUGUCCUCCGUAUAUGUGUAGCACGCAUUACAUUUAUGUAUAACGAUGUACAUGGAUGUCAAAUUAUACAUGGAAGUUAAUA